AUGAAAGAGAAUGAAGUCAAAGAUGAGAAAAGCGUAGAUGUGUUAUCCUUCAAACAGCUCGAAUUCCAAAAGACCGUUCUACCUCAAGAUGUUUUCCGAAACGAAUUGACCUGGUUUUGUUAUGAAAUUUACAAGUCUUUAGCGUUUCGCAUCUGGAUGCUGUUAUGGCUACCACUUAGCGUCUGGUGGAAACUUUCCAGCAAUUGGAUUCACCCACUUAUAGUUUCACUUCUUGUCCUGUUCCUGGGACCAUUUUUUGUCCUUGUUAUUUGUGGACUUUCUCGUAAGCGUUCCUUAUCGAAACAACUCAUUCAGUUUUGCAAAGAGAUUACUGAAGACACACCAAGUUCGGAUCCUCAUGAUUGGGAAGUCGUUGCAGCAAAUCUAAAUUCGUACUUCUAUGAAAAUAAGACUUGGAAUACCAAGUACUUUUUUUUCAAUGCCAUGAGCUGCCAAAAAGCGUUUAAAACAACCCUUCUCGAACCCUUCUCUUUAAAAAAAGACGAAUCUGCAAAGGUUAAGUCAUUUAAGGAUUCCGUUCCUUAUAUCGAAGAGGCCUUGCAAGUGUAUGCUGCAGGAUUUGACAAAGAGUGGAAGCUGUUUAAUACUGAGAAGGAAGAGAGUCCUUUCGACCUGGAAGACAUUCAGCUCCCCAAAGAAGCUUACCGAUUUAAGCUUACCUGGAUUCUUAAAAGGAUUUUCAACCUGCGGUGUUUACCACUCUUCCUUUAUUAUUUUUUAAUUGUCUACACGUCUGGAAAUGCUGACCUUAUAUCACGUUUCUUGUUUCCGGUAGUAAUGUUUUUUAUCAUGACGAGAGAUUUCCAAAAUAUGAGGAUGAUUGUUUUAUCCGUGAAAAUGGAACACAAGAUGCAGUUCUUGUCAACUAUUAUAAAUGAGCAAGAAAGUGGUGCGAAUGGAUGGGACGAAAUUGCAAAGAAAAUGAAUAGGUAUUUGUUUGAGAAAAAAGUCUGGAAUAAUGAAGAGUUUUUCUACGAUGGACUUGACUGCGAAUGGUUUUUUAGGCGCUUUUUCUAUCGUCUCUUAUCUUUAAAAAAACCUAUGUGGUUUGCUUCGUUGAACGUUGAGCUAUGGCCAUACAUUAAAGAAGCGCAAUCGGCCCGCAAUGAGAAGCCCCUAAAGUAG